AUGAAUACAUUGCCAACGCAAAUUCUCAUCACAAUAUUCUUACAUGUCAAAAAGAACGAUAGACUCCAAUGCAUCCUCGUUUGCAAAAAAUGGUUUACCUUGAUAACGGAAAACGUUCUUUACGAAAAUCUUCAAUUCAGAAAUAUUGACAUCUUUGACAAAGCGAUCGAUCUUUUUGAUAAACAACCAGCGUUUGGAUCCCAUGUUGAAAGUUUGACAAUCCAAAGCUGUGACAUAGAUAUGAUGUCUGUGUUUUCGAUGCCAAGAUAUUUUCCCAAUUUAAAAUUUCUGGAUUGGAAAGAAGAUAUUCGACCUACAGAAGAAAGACUUAGAAAUGAUUUAUCGACCAAGGAACUUCCUCGUUCACUUGUAUAUCAACGCGAACUUAGAAAAUGGAACCAACUGGAAAGUAUUGAUGUCAGGUUGGAAAAACUUCCUUUUUUGACGAUGUUGCUUGAAUCGUCAUCACUAGAUAGUUUGACUUCUGUCAAAAUUUCCUUUAAGCCAUGGCAUGUAGACGACCGUUUUGGCAGCGAAACAAUGAUUAAGCUCCGUCCGAUUGUUAAAUCCCUCAUAAGCAACAUUAAGAGCGCUCCUUCUCUUGAACUUUUAGUAAUGAAAUGCGCUGUUUUGGAUUUAUCUGACAUGGAAGAGCUACAUGCUAGUGUACCCAAAUUAAAAUCAUUGGACUUAUUUUGCACUGCUAUUUCCGGUGGUGCCACAGAUGAUUGGUUGAUCAGCACAAACAAAAAGUCGGUUUUAGACAACAAUGGCAUGGCAGUUACACCGAAUACAGCAAGCACCGUUACAGAGCUCUCCAUUACUUUCUAUAAUACCAUAUCAGGAAUACAUAGCAUACAGGGUGACUUAAAAUAUACGAUGAAAAAAUGGCUGAUAUAUUUAGGAUGCAAAUAUAAUGAUGCUGAAAUCAAUCUAAAAGGACGGGGUAUCCCAUGCUUGCCUGAAAUCAGCAAUUUCUAUGAGCCAAUGGUUACUAUUAUCAGAAAGGGGACAAAUAGCACAAGAUACCAUGCCUUUCUUUACCCAAUCACAAAAUCGAUUAUGAAUGCAAUAGGUGACAGAAAAGUCGAAUUAAAAUCAUUACAUAUCUAUAGUAGCGGGACGAUACAAGCUCUUCAAAAGCAGCUGAACAUUGUAAAACUAUCGAGACAAGCAAAAACUAUAACUGGGUUGGAAAUCAAUUCCAGGUGUUUGCUUCUGAAAGAAAGUCUGGCAUGGAGUGUUAUUUCAAAUAACCUGUCCGUUGACUACUUUCAGUCGUUAAGUAUUUUAAGUGUUAACUGUACAAUACACCAUUGUGCUCUUACUGCGCUGUUUCAAACUUUGCCUCCAUUGCUUCAAACUCUAUUCUUAAGAUCCAUUAUUCUUAAAGGGGAUGACAAGGCUCUGCUGAUGAUGCCUACUGAAAAAUGCAAAAUCAACUCUUUAUAUCUCGGCUUUUCUUGCAAACCAGGUUCAACCAUACAUCAAAUGAAUUAUGUCUUGGAAUUUAUACUACAAUCUUGUCCGUCAUUGACUGACUUUACAUUACAUGGUCAAACGUGGUCAUCUGAUAACUCUAUGUUGAAGCUUUGGUUUUUCGACCAUAAUGAAUUGAAGAAGAUCACUAUCAAUUUUAAUGGAAUUCAGUAUUACACUUUUUCUUUAAUAGAAGAAAAAAGAGGUCUUCGAUGGGCAAACUAUGAUAAUCUGGCUGAUUCAAGUGACUUGACAGUAGAAAAAAUUCAUAUGGAUAUUUCAUGGAGAAGCAAAUAUGUUAAGCUCGACUUGGCAAAGGUGCCUCAGAAAUGGUAA